AAAAACUAUUACUUUGUUAGGUUGUUUUAGAAUAGCUUUUCUAUAUCAAACUUUUUAGUUAUGUUCAUCAAACUUCAAAUACAGUGCCCAUUAAGCUACUGCCGCUACUAUUGAAGUUAAGAUUUCAAGAUAUGUCUUGACGAAAGAAUAAGAGAAAAUUUAAAUAUUUUGUACUGAAAUUUGUUGCAGAGUUGAAGCUCUCUCAAGAUGGAUACUCACAGGAUUGGUGGAGUCAAAUACGAGUGUUUGCUUUUUGAUAUGGAUGACACUCUCUACUCAUUGAGCUUAGGGAUCAAUUUGGCGUGUCGCAAGAACAUACAAGAGUAUAUGUUGGAACAUUUGCAUAUUGAAGAAAGUGAAGUACCAAAGAUGUGCCUCGAUUUGUAUCUAGAACAUGGGACAACUAUGGCAGGAUUGAAGGCCCUUGGUUAUGAGUUUGACAAUGAUGAGUUUCAUGCUUAUGUGCAUGGAAGAUUACCGUAUGAGAAACUGAAGCCAGAUUCAGUGUUAAGGAACCUUCUGCUAUCCAUGCCUCAGCGUAAAAUAAUAUUCACCAAUGCAGAUCACACGCAUGCUGUUGAAGUUAUCAACAGAUUGGGCUUGGAAGAUUGUUUCAAGGGCAUCAUAUGCUUCGAAACGCUUAAUCCUCUCAAACAUAUUAAUUAUAUGGAUGAACUGGAUGAUACUCAUGUGCUCACGCUCACAGAAUCCUACCCACAAAUCCUUUGCAAACCAUCUGUGGAAGCCUUUGAGGCUGCUAUUAGAAUCGCCAACAUGGAUCCAAAGAAAACAAUUUUCUUCGAUGACAGUGUUAGAAAUGUUGCAAGUGGAAAAGUAGCUGGAUUUCACACUGUUAUUGUCGGUCGUUCAGAUUUAGUGCCCGGUGCUGAUCAUGCUCUGAACAGCAUUCAUAAUAUCCGAGAAGCAUUACCUGAAAUAUGGGAGGUUGAUGAAGGAAACCAACAGCAAAUGAUCCAAUCCCUUGCAGUUGAAGCCACAGUCCUUGCAUAGGUUUUGCUUCGAUACAAUAUUUUAGUAAGCUUAUCAAGCAAGUCAAGAGUUUCUACAACAGCAGAGUUUUGCCUAUCUAAAUCUAUAAUAAUUUUGCAAUUGUCUCCACAACAUGGUGGUGCUUAAAUGUAUGAAUCUUGCAAAUGGCAUCACAAAAUGGAUCGGGAGAUUUAUAAAUGCAAAGUUCAGAAGCAUAAAUUUAUAAUAGAAAAAGACAAUUACUAAGGAAUUGAGUACAAGUCUAGUAAUACAAAAUAUAGUUAUUGCAUC